AUGGCGCUGGGCAAGUUGGAGCGGGCGCUGUAUCGCUCUCUGCUUCGCCUGGGACGCCAGUUUGAUCGGCCCGUGCUGAAGGCGCUGGUGUGCCGCAACCAUGGCGCGGCGCUGCCUGCCGGGCUGGAUGCGGUGGUGGCUCGGUUCCUGGGGGGCGCCCAUUACUACUGGCCAUCGCCCGGACCGCAGCCGCGGGUGCUGGAUGCCGUGCAAGACGCCUUCCGCCGCCCGCUGGCCGGCGGCGGCGGUGUGGAGGAUGCGUUUGCGGGCGUGCGCUACCUGUCUGGCCUGCUGGGCGUGGCCCGCAAGCACAAGCUCCUCAAAGAGGCGGGGCAGCGUGGGCUGGCGGCCGCCUCUUCCGCCGCAGGGCAGCAGCAGGAGGGGGAGCAGCAGCAAGAGGAGGAGCAGCGGCAGCAGGGGCCUGGCGGCGGGGAGGUGGAGCUUGCCGCGGCGCCGGGGCGGGGCCUGGUGCUGCUGGCGCACCCGUGCCUGCUGGGCAGCAUCUUCUCGCGCUCCGUGGUGCUGCUGUGCCGCCACGAGGCGCAGCAGGGCGCGUACGGCCUGGUGGUCAACAAGCCUCUGGGCAGCAGCCUGAAGCACCUGCACGAGAGGUUCCGACAGCUGCACGCUCCCGGCGGCGGCGGCGUGCUGGGCGGCGGCGGCGGCGUAGCGGCCGCCGGCGGGCUGCUGUUUGGUGGCGGCGGCGCAGGCAUGGGCGCGGGGGCCGGCAUCGCCGCCGCCGCCUCUCCGGCCCCCGCCGCCGAGCUGGCUGCCGCCGGCCGGGAGGCCGCCGACGGCGAGGGCGAUAUCCCCGCGCAGCACCUGCAGGCGGCCGUGGAUUGGCAGCAGGGCGGCGCGGCGCGGCGGGCGGGCCCCGGCGCCCAGCUGGCGGAUGACGUGGCGGCGUUGCAGGCGGCGCUGCAGCAGGCGCUGGCCCUAUCCCACCUGUACCGCGCCCCCGAGAGCCGCAGCGAGGAUGUUGAUGAGCACGGAAACUGGAUAGAGGCUCCCUACGAGUCUGCAGAGGAGGAGGAGGAGGAGGAGGAGGAGGGCAGCUGCAGCGAGGACGAGUACGGCUUUGGCGCGGAGGAUGAUGCCGAGGAGGCGGAGGGGGCAGGGAGCGGCGACGUCCUGGCCGCGCGCGGCGGCGGCGCCGGCCGGCCUGUAGACAUCGCCAGCCUGCUGGCGGCGCUGCGGGGGCCGCAGGAAGGGGAGGGGGCAGACGUGGAGCUGGUGCCCCUGGGCAAGGACGCCAGCGGCGUGGUGGGUGUGCUGGAUGAGGCGUUGCGGCGCGCGGGCGGCGGCGUCGCGCUGGUGGUGGACCCCUCUGGCCAGGUCUGGGCCCACAGCCUGCCGCAGGGCGACUACGCGCCGCAGGACGAGGAUGAGAACAGCGAAGAGGAGGGGGAGGAGGCGGAGGGGGUGCAGGCUGGAAGGCUGGCAGCAGCGGACGAGGGCCCCAGCGCUGUGGCCGACCUCCUGCUGCGCAGCCUGACGGCUAAGGAUCGAGUGCUGCUGGCUGCACAGCAGCAGGCAGCCCAGCGGCAGCGGCAGCAGCGGCAGCAGCCGGAGCAGGCAGGCGAGCAGCAAGGGGAGGUGGCAGGCGGCGGCGCUGCGGCAGGCAUGCUUGGCUCGGCGGCGGCGGCGGCGGCAGCAGCGGCCGAUCCUGCAUCCAAGGUUCAGCGGUUUAGGGCAGAGGUGCAGCGGUUGCUAGACAGCGUGUCUGCCCUGCACCCGCCGCGGGGCGGGCAGCAGCAGGAGCCUCUGGCUGCCACCGAUUCUGGCAGCAGCCUGUUUGGCACCGGCGGCAGCCCCGCCGCCGCCAGCAGCUCAGCCCUGGGCGCCGGCGGCAGCGGCCGCGCGGCAGCAGCGCCAGGCAGCGGGCCAGGCGACAGCGGCAGCAGGAAUGCCGCCACACUCAGCCAGCUGAUGACGCUGUUUGCCGACAGCCCGCUGCCCCGGCUUGGCGGCGAGCUGGUGCUGGCACCCUCGCCUCCCAGAGGCAGCAGCGCAGCGGCUUCAGCAGAGGGGGGUGCCGCUGGUGCGGGGGAGGAGGCUCUGGAGGGAGGCAUUGUUGUGGGCGCAGACCUAAGCCGGGCGCAGGGCCUGGUACAGGAGGGGUACCUCGGGUGGCAGGACGUGCGGGUGUGCAUGGGGGAUGCAGCCUGGUCGCCGGGCCAGCUUGAGGAGGAGGUGGCGCGCGGCACCUGGGCGGUAGUCAGGGCCGACCCCGCCUUUUUGGACCUGUUUGGCGCCGCAGCCGCCCAGGCUUCCAGCUUGGAAGUCGACAUGAGCGGCAGCGGCAGCGCCAGCACGACAGCGGCGGCAGCGGCGGCGGCAGCGGCGGGCGGCAGCGCAGAGGGAGGGGAGGCGGCGCCCAGCGCUGCGCAGGUGUACGAGGAUGCCAUGUGGUCCAAGUGCCUGACGGCGCUGGGGGGGGAGUAUGCUGAGCUGGCGCGGGUGCCACGUGGCGUCUGGGCUGACCUGGCGGAGCUGGAGGUGUGA